AUGCCCAGUUUGCCACGUGAAGCAAGCUCCGUGGAAACCUCUGCUGAUAGAGCUGACUGGGAUGCCGAACUUAAUGAAUUCUUGGAUGGCGAGCUCGACAGCGAAAGCGAAGCUAGCAACAACCAGUCGGAUACAGAUGAUACCNNGAAUCACUGCCCUCCAGUGCUAGGGAAGAGGAAGAGAGACGAAGACGGCCAGUCUACGGACAACGACGACGAGAGCGACUCAAGCCAGAUAGGGUCUAGCAGACUCGAGCGAAGGAAGAGAAAAGCACUCGCCAGAACAACGAGUCUUGCCAGCGUUUCUGCAGUUGAUGAUGCGCANAGGGUCAAGGCUGAAGCCCACACCAGUGCGCCUCAGCAAGAUACCCCUACGGGCGCCAAGCAUGAUGUCGUUGAAGAAGAAGACGACGACGACCUUGAAGCUCAGAUGGAGGCAGAAAUGCUGAGACAAGCCGAGGAGGAAGGAUACGCGUGA